AUGACAGAAUGGUGGGUAUCGAAGAAGAAUUACUGGUGCAAAUAUUGCAAUAUAUGGAUAAGGGACGAUGCACCUUCGAGGAAACAACACGAAACGGGAUUAAAACAUAUCGGUAAUCGAGAAAGAUACAUAAGAGAUAUAUAUAAAGAUGGUAAUCUUGCUAAGCAGGCUAAAGAAGAAGAAGCUAUUGAGAUAGCUAAGAUAGAAAAGAACGCAGCAGAAGCUCAUUCCAAAGACACACAUAUCUCAACCUAUAAAUCUCGUCCAUCACUUCUAUCAACACUACCAUCGUCAUCUUCUUCUUCCUCCUCACAACAUCGUAUACAAAUCCCAAAAGAUAAAUUCGCGAAUUAUUCAACUGCUAAACAACUCGGGUUUGAUGAUCCCGAUACACAUAAAACGUCUUAUGAGAUUGAACAAGAGAUAAAAGGACGUGGUACGAAUGUUGGGGCUUGGGAAGUGGUGGAUGAUUUACCAAAAGGUUUGGAUUCUUCAUCACUUGGUUUAGUCGGUGAAAGGAAAGUUGAUGAGGAUGAUCCGGAUGAAUUCAAGAUACAGGAAGGUAAAAGAGGAAGGGAGAUUUGGGAAGAAGAGGAUUACGAUUUAUCUUCAUUGAGAGGUAUGAAGAAAAAAGUCAAAUCUCAAAAUCAACUCGCGGAGGAACAAGUCAAGGAAGAGGAAGAGGGGGUGGGAGAGGGAGAGGGAUGGAAGGGGAAAGUAGAGUUGGAAGUGAAAAUGGAACAGGGGAAAGGUUUGAUAUAUAAUGGUGAGGAAGGAGGUUGGACCAGAGUUGAUUCGGGGGAAGAAGAGGAAACGUCAGUAAAGAAAGAGGAUGAUGGUGAGAAGAAAGAAGAAGAUUUAGUUGAGUCGGAAAAUGUGAUAACGAUUCCUAAGGAAAACACCAGUUUGUUCAAAAAACGUAGACCUCCACCGUCAAGGAAGAAAUGA